AGCCCCGCUCCAGCGCCCCGGCCUCUGGGCCAGCCCCGUGCCCUCGGCGGGCAGCGCAGGGCGCGGGAGCAGUCGGGGCCGGGCAUGCCGGGAGCCCCCCUCACCCCCCGGGCAGCCGCCGCCGCCGCCACCCUGUCUGCCGCCGGUGUGCGCCGCUGACGCGCGGAGAUGAAAUUCCCGGGCUCCGUGCUGGCGUCCGUGUUCCUGUUCGUGGCCGAGACGACGGCGGCGCUGUACCUGAGCAGCACCUACCGCUCGGGCGGGGACGGCAUGUGGCAGGCGCUGACGCUGCUUUUCUCGCUGCUGCCCUGCGCGCUCGUGCAGCUCACGCUCCUCUUCGUGCACCGCGACUUCAGCCGCGACCGCCCGCUCGUGCUGCUGCUGCACCUGCUGCAACUCGGGCCGCUCUUCAGGUGUUUUGAAGUCUUCUGCAUCUAUUGUCAAUCAGGCCACAUCGAAGAGCCUUAUGUCAGCAUCACUAAGAAGCGACAGAUGCCAAAAAAUGGCUUCUCCGAAGAAGUUGAGAAGGAGGUGGGCCAGGCCGAGGGCAAGCUCUUCACUCACCGGUCUGCGUUCAGUCGCGCAUCAGUGAUCCAGGCCUUCCUGGGCUCAGCCCCCCAGCUGACUCUGCAGCUAUAUAUAAGCGCCCUGCAGCAGGACGUCACUAUCGGAAGAUGUCUCUUCAUGGUCCUAUCCCUGUUGUCCAUUGUGUACGGAGCCUUGCGCUGCAAUAUCCUAGCCAUCAAGAUCAAGUACGAUGAAUAUGAUGUCAAAGUGAAGCCUCUGGCCUAUGUGUGUAUCUUCCUCUGGAGGAGCUUCGAGAUUGCCACUCGAGUCAUUGUCCUGGUCCUCUUUACCUCCGUCCUGAAGGCCUGGGUGGUAAUAGUUGUACUCAUCAACUUCUUCAGCUUCUUCCUGUAUCCCUGGAUCCUCUUCUGGUGCAGUGGCUCCCCAUUCCCGGAGAACAUCGAGAAGGCCCUCAGUCGGGUGGGCACCACCAUUGUGCUGUGCUUCCUCACCUUACUCUAUGCCGGGAUCAAUAUGUUCUGCUGGUCAGCGGUGCAGCUGAAAAUCAACAACCCUGACCUCAUCAGCAAGUCCCAGAACUGGUACCGGCUCCUGGUGUACUACAUGCUGAGAUUCAUUGAGAACGCCUUCCUCCUCCUCAUGUGGUAUCUUUACAAGACUGACAUCUAUAUGUAUGUGUGUGCGCCUCUGCUGAUUCUGCAGUUGCUCAUUGGGUACUGCACAGCCAUCCUGUUCAUGCUGGUGUUCUAUCAGUUCUUCCACCCUUGCAAAAAGCUCUUUUCUUCCAGUGUUUCCGAAGGCUUUCAAGAGUGGCUAAAGUGUGUUUGCUGUGACUGCAGGCAGCAGAAAUCCCGUGAGUCUGUAGGCAAGACUGAUCUAAGGUCAACCGGAGACAGGGAUGAGACACCUUCUAGCAGUAAAAUAAGUUCUAUGCCCAGCCAGAUUUUGAAUACUGAUGAGCUCUGCUCUGCUUAA